AUGGCGAAUGAGACACUAUCCGAGUGCCUUCAGCAGCUUGAGCAUUGCGAACAUGAUAUCGACGGGGAGCUCUCUCCUAGUCAGGAGGAGAAGCGCCCAAUUUCUGGUUUUAGGUGGUUUCUGCUGGUGUCGAGCACUUUGACCGGCAGCUUCCUCUACGCAUUGGACAAUACCAUAGUCGCCAAUAUUGCCCCGGUUAUCGUGAAUCACUUUGACUCGGUUGAAGAUUUGCCAUGGAUGUCGGUUGGGUUUAUGAUCGGAGGCGUGGCGAUGGUUCUCAUUGUGGGUCGAUUGUAUACUCUCUACAACGCCAAGUGGCUGUACAUCAUCUUCACAGUCCUCUUUAUGGCUGCUUCUGCACUCUGCGGCGCCGCUCCAACGAUAAAUGCUGAGAUUGUUGGUCGGGUAUUCGCUGGUGUAGGUGGUAAUGGAAUCUAUAUUGGAGUCCUCACGCUGCUAUCGCUGAAUACGACAACCCGUGAACGUCCACAAUAUCUCGCCUUGACUGGGCUAGUCUGGGGCCUAGGAACUGUUCUUGGUCCCGUUGUCGGUGGUGGAUUUGAGUUGUAUACCUGGCGCUGGGCAUUCUAUAUCAACUUGCUAUUCGGCAUUAUCCUGCUUCCGGUCUAUAUUUUUGUGAUCCCGUCCAACUCUGUAACACCGGGACUAGCACUCCAGCAGAAACUGACCACUUUCGACUGGAUUGGAGCUAUCCUCAGUGUCUCAGCAUUCACAACUCUAGUUAUGGGCAUCAACUUCGGAGGAACACUAUAUGACUGGAAUGGAGCGCAAAUCAUUGCUCUUUUUGUUGUAUCAGGUCUAUUGUGGGUAACAUUUGUCUUCCAGCAGGGCUUCGCUAUUGCCACCUCCUUCGAGAACCGGAUAUUCCCAAUCCAUUUACUUAAACGAAAGGAACCAGCCCUUCUAUUCAUUGCAUGUGCCUCGGCUGGUAUAGUCACUUACCCAAGUGUGUACUACAUCCCGAUCUACUUCCAAUACACCAAAGGCGAUAAUGCAAUCCGCUCUGCUGUCCGGCUGCUCCCGUUCAUCUGCAUGCUGGUCGUGGCCAUUCAGGGAAGCGGGAUCAUGAUGUCCCGAAUCGGGUACUAUAAGCCAUGGUAUCUGGCUGGAAGCGCCCUUGCCCUUGUUCCAGCAGUUUUAAUGUCAAAUAUUGUGACAACGCACACGUCUCCCAGCGUGAUAUACGGUCUUGAACUGGUUCUUGGAUUAGGUGCCGGGUUGUACACUCAAGCAGCAUUUGCGGUGAUUCAAGCUGUCACACCGCCGUCAGAUAGCGUUGACGGAUUGACUCUAAUGAUACUUGCUCAGCUUACCGGAAUGACAUUGGGGCUCUCCAUUACCGGUGCCAUCUUUGUUAAUAACGCUCAAAACCGUCUAUACAAAUUGUUGCCAGACCUUCCCCGGACACAAGUCUCCCACAUCGUGUCCGGGACCAGCAGUAAGCUUCUGAGCUCAUUACCCAUGUCUAUCCGGGAUCAAGCGCUGGAUAUCAUUGUGCUUGCGUGGCGUGACGUUUUCACCUGUGUCUACGUUGGCGCAGCUCUUAGUCUCAUCUGUGCAAUCUUCUUGGCGAAUAAGCGAGCCAAUAUCAGGGCUGGGGCAGCUGGUGCUUGA